UUAAAAAAAUAACACGCACGUUUUGUUGUGCUGCCCGCACUUUCCGUACUAUUUCGUGAAUAAAAGUGAUAAAUUACCAUGAGCGACUCGGAAUCCGAUGCCGGCGAUCAGACCGCAGGUAUUGAGCAUUUCGAUGGGCCGGUGGAAAAUGCGUGGUUGUUGAAAAUUCCCGAAUUCAAGCCAGAAGACAACCCCAACGGGCUGCUGGAGGAGAGCUCGUUCUCCUGCCUGUUUCCAAAGUAUCGCGAAAAGUACAUCAAAGAAUGUUGGCCCCUGGUCGUGAAGGCACUCGGUACACACCACAUCAAAGCGGACCUGGACCUCAUCUUGGGCAACAUGACCGUGCGAACCACGCGCAAAACGUGGGACCCCUACAUCAUCCUGAAGGCGCGCGAUCUCAUCAAACUGCUCUCCCGAUCGGUGCCCUUCGAACAGGCGGUCAAGGUGCUGGAGGAUGAGAUUGGCUGCGACAUCAUCAAGGUGAAGAACCUGGUCGCGAACAAGGAAAAGUUUGUCAAACGCCGCAGCCGACUGAUUGGUCCGAACGGAUGUACGCUAAAGUCGUUGGAGCUGCUUACGAACUGCUACGUGCUGGUGCAGGGUGCCACCGUCUCGGCAAUUGGACCGUACAAGGGCCUCCAGUGCGUGCGGAAGGUGGUGGAAGAGACGAUGAAAAACAUCCACCCGAUCUACAACAUCAAAGCCCUCAUGAUCAAGCGCGAGCUGAUGAAGGACGAAAAUCUGCGGGAGGAAAAUUGGGAACGUUUUCUGCCCCGCUUCCAGUCGAAGAACACCACCAAACGCAACAAACCGAAGGUGGUUAAGAAGAAGAAGGAAUACACACCGUUCCCGCCACCGCUGCAGGAUAGCAAGAUCGACAAACAGCUCGCAUCCGGCGAGUACUUCCUCACCGACGAGCAGAAGCGCUCCAAAAAGCGACAGGAACAGGUGGACAAGGAGAAGCGUGACGCGACCGUGCAGAAGGAACGUCGCGAGCGGGACUUUGUGGCUCCGGAAGAAACGAACCGAAGGACGGCCAAGGCCAACUCGGCCGACACGCCGCUGGAUGUGAAAUCGCUGAAAGGCAAGAUUGCAAAAGCCAACAAACGGGCGGCAAAGUCGUAAAGAAGCGCGAGUGCAUUUAAGAAAGUAACAAAACGUCAAUAAACAAAUUUACUGUACAUUCUCUCUCUCCCAAA